UCGCCACCGCACAACCCAACAUCGAUUGUACAUCGAUACGCACACAUUUCUCCAGCCGCACUUCUCUGCCUCUCAUUGCUCCCCCCCCAGCCUGCAAACACCACGCCGGAGUCUCCUACGACCAGCGCACGCCUUCCAACGCGCGCAAUGCACACCUCUUCGGCUGCCGCCUCCCGGGCCGCCCAUGCGCGUGCCGCUGCGCUGUCGCUGGUGCUCUGUCUAUUUUUUAACACGCCAACAACAUGCGGAUUCCAGACGACCACCAUGAUGGUGGCGAGGGCUUCUUGGAAGGAGUACUGGCUGGCCAAGAACGGUGCGAAGAACGCCCCAGCGGCGGUCCCAUCGACACGAGGUGCGGCGCGGCGGAGCAGCCGGACUAGAUGGGAACCCACGAGGCCCGCGUGGUGGAUCGCCAAGAGCCCCGCCAAGGUGCAAGGCUCACCUCCGGUGCUUGAAACGCCGGUCCUGGACGGAGGAAGCUUCGACAAGGAGCAGAUAACCGACGUCCUACAGCACGAGUACCGGCACAACCUCGUGCGCGUUGCCCAGAAGUACGACUCCCUCAUCGAGAGCGUGGAGGGCGUGGACGCGAUAACCAUCAAGGAGCUGGAUGGGGAUCACAUGCAGCUGGACGUUGUUUACUGCGAUCAGGGAGAGCGAACCUGCGUUGCGGUUGCUGUACCCGUCAUUUUCCCGUAUCACUGCAACGACGCUGACUGCGUUAUUGGCGUAAUCCACGAGCUGGAGCAAGCGGAGAACGUGGAGCCAAGACCAGCCAUGGCAAACGUUCCCCCGAAGUACGUGUCGCCGGAACUUAUCGGUACGAUCGCAAGGAUCUGCGCCGUGAUGAACCGAGAUUUCCAGGACGAACUGAGAAACUUCGUGCGAGCAUUUGGGGGACCGGUUGCUGACGAGAUGGUCGGGAACUGCGAAAUGCUCUCCCUCUCGCCUGACGGUUUCAUGGUGCGGUCGGACGCGAACCCGGACAAGCCAGUGUCGAUAGCCUUCUCCAAGGAAUGCCAGUCUGCAUUGGACUUCCAAAAGCAAAUCCUGUUGGUCAGUGAGCGGGCCAUGGCGAUUGCGUAAGUUUUGUGUCCUCACGAGAGGAGGGCUUGGACCGGCAGCAGCUCCUGUAGAUGUUGUGGGGCGAGGGUGUCUGAGAUUCUUGAAACGCCUGCUUCUGUGGUGUGUAAGUUUGGAUUGUCCUAAUCGUGACGGGAGGGGGAAAGGUUCACGCGCGAAGGGGCUUGUAGCAGGCGGCGGUUUCAGAUUAUUUGCGUGCGAUGCGGGUACUCGAGAGGAAUUCUGGGAAUUGUGUCACACUUUUUUGUUGGCUCGUGGGUAGGUUGGGUUCCGUGUGCGGCAGAGCGACGGCAAGAACCUGAGGGACCUGAUGAUCGUGGUGAGAUUCAGGCCCGUUGGCAGUGUCCGAGUUCAUAAAAGUGAGAGCAGUAGGGGGGGCGACUAUAUGCUUGACAUCGGUCUUGCGAAAGCAAGGAGGUUUGGAUGAGCUCUCCGCGGGCUAAAGAGUCCAUUGCUUACGUGUAGUUUGUCAUUUCGGGCCGAAGCCGGCGCUGAGUUGCUGUUUUGCAAAUUACCAAAAUAAUCAAAUAGUUUACGCGAGACACGUAGAAAACAGAGGAUAUGCAGAUGAAUGGCCUAUCGGGUUGGUGUCAAGUUGUCACCCGCGGGAAAGAAUGAACGGUGCAGACUGAUGGGUUUUCGGGAGGGGUACUUGGAUCCCUCUCACUUGAAUGUGUGCUGGUCGUGUAGGUUGUACGAUGGUUUGUCCUGAACGGGACGAUGAGGCAAGCCGUCGCCACACAGUCCUAACGAUAUCCUGGGGUCGUCAGCUACUGUGCGAGUAAAGGGCGGCUUUGUAUCUGGUUUCAUGUUUAGUAUCUUGUCAUGUUGUUUAUAAGGCCAUCUUCAUCCUUGCUGUUAUUCUGGCAGGACGAUUUUGGUUUGUAGUGUUGUUAUUUCUCUCUUAGCUCGAAGUCGUUGAAUCCUUCACGUAGGCGAAGCUCGAAGCUACCGUUGAUAACUCACGAGGUUUUCCAAGAUGAACAGUGAACAGGCCGGUUGCGAAAGAGUUCAAAAGGUGCCGGUUGGAGCGAGAACACGUCGUUUUCAUCCCUCAAUCUUGUUCCUCAGUCAGAAUGUUUCAUGGGCUUUUGGACGUGUUGACUGCUUGACCUACUUCGGUGGUGUUGUGCGAUUUUUGGGGCGCGUUUGGGUGGUGAGUUUGGCUAUGUGGCGAAGAGAAAAGGAAGGGUCCUAGGGAAGAUUAGCGAGAGAAAGAAACAAUUUCCGUCCACGCAGGUGUAGAAAAGCAGGCGAGCACGCAUCCAUUCCUGUUUUUGUGGUAUUAGUGUUGUGUCAAGUCAACACUGAAGCUGACCCAGAGUUGCGGUGUCAGGGCCUGAAUCAAGUAGUACUUUAUUGGUCAGUCGACAGGAUAUCGAACGAAGACGUUGAUGGUGUCCAUGUGGGUCUCUGGUCGUUAUAUUUUGAUGUUGCUGCGUGCCUCCGGAGAUUAACGAAGAUAUCACGGCGGCCUGAAACGUAUCAUGUGCUCGAUGAGUACUCGCUGUUCGAACAAGAAGAUGUCGCUCGCUCGAGGCCCUGUUCCUUGUUUGCAACGUGUUGUGUAGUGGCGAAAGAAAGGUGUUCGGCAAGCACGGGCGGGUAAGGAUCACGAUGUAAAUUGGUGGGGAAAUGAUGUGCCACUGCCGCGCGACGAGGUCGAAAGGAUGUGAUCGGAAGAGCGGUUCAAAAAUAUGGGUACAUAGUUUCGAUGCCAGAGGGGGUUGAGCUAUUGCGUGAGAUCGUUCAGGUUUGAUUGUAUUAAUAUGAAAGGCUUCGAAAUGUUUGUUCUUUUCGAAGCCGUGACGACGUGUUGGGGGUUGGACAUGAGAUUCAGCAGCUUCUUGUGUCAGCCCGUUGUCCUGAAUGUUCUGUUGCAUCCAGCAAUUUCCCACGCAGCGGAAUGAAGCAAUGGAGCCACCGCCGUGAUGCGAGCUGAGAGAAAAUGAGCGGGGCCAAAACAUGCCGGGAAAAUAUUCCUUUCUCUUGUUUCCGGAGCAUCAACCAAUUCGGAUU